AUGCGGGUCUCAUCACGGUCCCACUGGCCAAGCAACAACAAUGCCGGGAUUGCACCAACCGCGGAUGUUUCUGUGUUGGCGACAAAGGCUCGAUGGGAGCGCCAGGCCCACAAGGACCCCCUGGAUUGGCCGGAAAUCGCGGCUUCCCCGGACCUGAAGGUCUCGGCGGCCCGAAAGGCCAGAAGGGAGCUCAAGGACCGCCUGGCCCGCCCGGCGUCAAGGGAGAUCGGG